UGAGCAUCCCCGCUGUGCUUGUGUCACCCUAUCGCGACUUGCCAUGUGCGUUACAUGCGAAGCUUGAACCACAGGCUGAGGACCUGGCUGGCCGGUGGCCUGGCCCUUUGCUUGCUGCGGCGAGGCAUCAGCUUUGCAGCCAAGGGCAUGGAUGUCGAGCGCUUGGUCCGCAGCUCAGUGCCCAACUGCAGGUCGAUCACCUUCCAAAAUGAGCAGCUCAUGGGCUUCAGUGGUGCCAAAGUGGCGGAUGUUCGAUGCGUUUGCGAUGACGCGGAAGAGCUGCUAUUGUUUCUGAAGGUGGUCGAGCCUACCCCGCUGCCAGCGACGGCCAGCGCAGUUGAAGCCUGCCAGCAGCUGGUGUGGGGCCAGGCAAGCAGGUUGGCUGAAAUGCUUUUCACCACCGAAGGGUUCAUACAGUGUUCGAGGAUUUUGGGUUGGGGGGAUGCUUUUGGAAGGGCUAUGGUUCACUCCCUUGUUCACUCACCGUGCUGAACGUUCCAGGAUGUGUGUCCAAUUCCCCUUGCACCAGUAACACCAAACAUGUGAGACACAUCCACAGGAUUUUGGCCUGACUGUCAUGGAGACAGAUUGAAAGAGCAUCUCAUAAUUGGGAUUUGAUUGAACAAUUGCACACUUCAGACGGUUGACUCUGCAAAAAGGAAAGCAAUCUGAACAUCAUAUGCGGGCCAGAGACUAGCCCUGGGGACUUAAACGAUGUUAUUUCAGCUAUAGGGUGGUAGUGGUUGGUUCGGCUUUCUCCCAAAUUGAGGAUAUUACCCCGCCUUCGUGCCUGGUGGCGAGACUGUGCAUUGAUUUCAUUCCUGAGAGAAUCUGAGUGGUGCUAGUUUCAAUGUGAAAUAAUGAGGGCUAAGACACAAGCAAGGCAUUUAUGUACACCAAUGUAACCACUAACCACAUUAGAGUGAUUGCUUAUCUCCUGGAUGAUCGUCUGAUCGUUCUUUUUAUGAACUCCAGAGACAGUGAAC